UUUGUCAGGAUUUUGCAAUGGAAUUAUUCCAAAUCCAUACAGUAAAAUCUCACGUAAGUCAUAAGAUGAGUAACUGAGAAGGUGUUGUUUGAAAGUGCAGUGGAGUGUUGUGAUAAAGAUUUGACAGAACUUUUUAAUGGCAUUUUGAAUAGUGGCACACCGGGAAUAGAAUUGGCAUUUGUCAGGAUUUUGCUAUGGCAUUAUUACAAACUAGUUCAGUAAAAUCCCACAGAAGUCACAUGCUUAAAAGUUGCAACGCUUACUUUAGAUUUUGUAGGUUUGCUUUGGCGCUUUACACCUCAGUAAAAUAUGCUGAACUUGAAUUUAGAAUUCAAUUCUUGACACCAUCUGUACUAAAAGUCCUCUAGUUGGUAAAAUAUAGAUUAAUCUGUGCAGUUGCCUUUAACUUUCUGCGUAACUCUUACGCACAUUGCCGCUCCUGAAUACAUGGUAUAGUAUGCACACUUUGACCUUCUUGAGCGCCACAUUUAACCAAACAGAACGGGCACAACUGAGAUUCAAGCCGGGAAUUUAUUCGUGUGUUCCGUACGUUUAAAUGUUGCGUUGCAGUUGCAUUACUGCAGCAGACAUGGAGUGUAUUUUUUCUUCACUGAAACUUCCUAUCCCUAUCUAGGCGACGAAGCUAACAUUAGAAGAGACGAGCCAAUCUGGACGGAUUAUGUGUGUAGUCUAGAACUGAAAAAGAAAUCCAAAACGAGAGUCUUUAGUUACAGUGGUCGCUUAAUUUACUCGAAAAGCAAAAUCGAUGUCAAGUACGUAGUAGCGUUACUGAAAUUGCCUCAUGUCGGUCUGUAGCUAUAGCUCAGUUACUGAGUAAGUUAAAGCCGAUAGCUGCAGUCAGAGAGCCGCCUAUCUUAGUUCUCUCUAUCUGCUGCAGCGCGCUAGCUGGUUUGCUAACCUAGCCAGCUACCUAACAGUUCGUGUUUUCUAACGUUGGCUAGCUAACUUAGCUGGCUAAAUACUGUGCCUCGUUCUAGACUUCUUUUCACUAAACUCACAGGAUGGAAAUUAUAUGAUGAACACAGUACUGUGUGGAAUAAUGUAUUGAACGGAUUUACACAGGACGACUUGCCAGGUUACUCUCAAUAAAAUGAGCAGCGCCAAUCAGAGAACUUUGUUCCAAACCUGGAGCGCAAGUCUUUGUGCAAGUGGGGCAAGUAAGAUGACACACUGUUUUAAAAAAGCGCCACAACGACAAAAAGUGGGCACAAACGAAAAUCAAGACAAAAGUCAGAAGAGGGAAAAGGAAAAUGCGUAUCCCAGUUGCUCCCUCUGGGCUGAGGUUGGUCGGGCGAUCUCUGUGAACCAGUCCCCGCAAGAGGCGAGGGAGCUGGACGAUGACCUGAUGCUCAUAGCUGCGGACGAGGCCGAAAAGUCUCUGGAGAACCGCGUUGAGUCAGUGGCUGACGCCUCAAAAAGAGGUUCCGCAGGAAUUCAUGCAGACCUUCCAGGCUACGACAGCUCUUCAGGAAAAGUGUGGAUCUAUCCGACCAAUUUCCCAGCCAGGGACUACCAGCUGAAAAUUUCAGAAGCUGCUUUGUUCCAAAACACGCUAGUGUGCCUGCCCACCGGCCUUGGGAAGACCUUUAUAGCCGCUGUGGUGAUGUAUAAUUUCUACCGUUGGUAUCCUUCAGGAAGGAUAGUCUUUAUGGCCCCCACUAAACCACUUGUGGCCCAGCAAAUUGAAGCAUGUUACAAAGUGAUGGGGAUACCUCAGCAGCAUAUGGCAGAGUUGACAGGGAGCAUACCAGCGCUGCAGAGGAGGGAGCUGUGGAGAUCAAGACGUGUUUUUUUCCUUACCCCACAGGUGAUGAUGAAUGACCUGUCACGAAACACAUGCCCCAGAUCUCAAGUUAAAUGUGUGGUUAUUGAUGAGGCUCACAAGGCGCUAGGGAAUCAUGCAUAUUGUCAGGUGGUCCGGGAAUUAUGGAACCAGACAAAACAGUUUCGUGUUCUGGCCCUCAGCGCUACACCUGGUGGAGACAUUAAGGCUGUGCAGCAGGUCAUCUCCAAUCUGCUGAUCUCUCAUAUAGAGCUGCGGUCAGAGGAGAGCCCAGACAUUCAGGCCUACUCUCACCAACGCACUCUGGAAAAGAUUGUCGUCCCUUUAGGAGAGUCACUCACUGAAUACCAGACUCGCUACUUACAGGUUCUAGAGAAGUUCACAUCUCGUCUGACCCAGAUGAGGGUGCUUAAUCAUUAUGACCUUCACGCUCUCACCAAGUACCAGCUCAUUCUGGCGCGGGAGCAGUUCAGAUGCAACCCACCACCUCACAUCAUGGGUGCACAACAUGGUGUGCUGGAGGGAGAUUUUGCUAUGUGUAUUAGCCUCUACCAUGGCUAUGAACUUCUGCAGCAGAUGGGCCUUAGAUCUCUUUUUCUGUUCACACAGAACAUCAUAUUGGGCUCCAAAGAGUCCUCUCGAGCCAGAAAUGAACUGCAGCACAGCCCUGUCUUCAUGGCACUUUACAGAGAUAUGGAGGACAUGUUUCUCGCACUGACCAAAGGGCCUAAUGAGCAGUAUUUUUACAGUCACCCAAAACUUCAGAAAUUGGAUGAGGUUGUACAACAGCACUUCAGUACAUGGUCUGAGAACUCAGGCAGUUGUCCAGACUCUGGGAACAUCUCAGGAGGAAUUAACACAAGAGUGAUUAUUUUCUCUUCGUUCCGUGAGAGUGUUCAGGAGAUCGCGGAGAUGCUUAACCGCCACCAGCCUCUUAUCAGAGUUAUGACCUUUAUGGGGCAAGCAUCGGCAGGGAAGGGGGUCCGAGGGUUCACUCAGAAGGAGCAGCUUGAGGUGGUGCAUCGGUUCCGAAAUGGUGGCUUUAAUGUACUGGUGUCAACCUGUGUGGGUGAGGAGGGUCUUGACAUUGGUGAAGUAGACCUCAUUGUCUGCUUUGAUGCACAGAAGAGUCCUAUCCGUCUCAUCCAGCGCAUGGGCCGUACUGGGCGCCGCAGGCAGGGACGUAUAGUGAUCAUACUGGCCGAGGGGCGGGAAGAGCGAACCUAUAACCAAAGCCAAAGUAACCGGCGUAAAGUGAAUAAAUGCAUCACAGGGAACAAGCACAGCUUCCAAAUGUUCCCCCACAGCCCCAGGAUGCUACCAAUUGGUGUCACCCCCACCCUGCACAAAAUGCACAUUACCUGUGGUAAUUUUGAAUCCAAACACACUAACCAUGGCUCCAUCAAGGGCAGGCAAUCACUCCCCAGGGACACAUUAUCACUGCUCAACCCUCCUGCCCAAGAAGGUGGUGAGCAGGAGUGUGUGAAAGAGGACAGUUUUCUCAACCUUGCUGAACAAGCUUUGUGGACUUCCACUAUGAAGUUGCAAGAGAAUGAACCCCAGCCCGUGCUCAGGCAGUCAUCUUUCCUGUCCGUCAGUGCAGACUCCCAACCUCAUGAAGUAUGUGUACAGAGCCUAGUGAGAGAUUUGUCUCUCUGGGAAUGGAGACAUUGGCAGAAUCGGCCACUUCCCACACACAGAGUGGAGCACUCCAGCCGUUGCCUCCAUUUCACUACCAUCAUGGACCUCCUUGACAGGAUGAAACUCAGGGAAGAGGCUGACUACAAACAUGACACAGAGCUCAUAGCACAUCUACAAAAGGAAGAUGUCGUAGGUUGCAAGGAUGACAGCAGAGUACCAAAAAAAACAAGAGGAAAAGCUCCUCAGCAGAAAAGAUCUAAAGCCACAUUUUUGGGUCAAGACUUUAGGACUCCUAUUUCAACAGCUAAGAUGGAAACAAAAGAAGUAAUAGAUGAAGAGGAGAGUAAAACACACACUACUUUGUCUGCUUCAUUGACUUCAAUAAAACGCAAAGUCUCUUCUGACAAUGGCUUUGACAUCAUUCAAGGCAAAGAAGGUCUCAAUGCUUUCCAAUGCUCCUAUGACAGCUCUGCAGCUGAUAUGAAUGUUGCAAAUGGUAUAAGCGGGCAUUCGAAGGUUAAACUGCCAGCACAAGAAGAGCAGCUACAGAAUUGCUCUGGAGAUUCACAGGGUGAAAGUAUUGAAACAAAGCCUGAUCCACCCUGUAAUCUGCAUUCAGAAUGCUCAUCUCUUGAGGACAUGUUCUAUCUACCAAAGUGGAAUGUCUACCCAACACUGCACCAUCUGAAACAAUAUUCAGCAGCCUUAAGAAUAAUUCUAUCCAAUGUCAAAAAAUUCCUUUCUACACCUCCACCAGGGAUCUUUGGCCUAACUUGCUUAUUUAACAAUCAACCUGCUGGCCUUGGUGAACCAAAGGACACUUGCUAUGAUCCAGUAGAAGAGAUUGAUCAAUUCCAGGACUUCAAUAUUGAAGCAGAUCAGAAUUAUGUGCAUAGUGACUUUGUGAAGUCUAACAUGGCAGCUGACCUUCCUGAACCAUCUGAUGCUCCAGAAAUUAAUCUAAAACUUGCACUGUUGCCUGGUAACAGGCUUUCUUAUGGUCCAGCCAAAAUGCCCAACAGCCCUAGCUGGGAUGUGCUUUUUGAUGAUGGUCUGGAUGGCAAAGAGGCAUAUAAGAAGACUGAUGUGCUUUUAGAAUCUAAAAAGCAUGUGGAGUUUACUGACUUAGAUGUGAGUGUCAACCUGUUUGGGGAUGAUGAGGCUUUCCUACAAGUGACAUUACCUGAAAUUGAUACGCUGAAAAAAACAUCAGUAAUCUCUAACAGACAGGAUGUUCCACAGUGUGGACAGACCACACCUGGUGUACGGCAUGCAUCAAAUAGUUUUAAUCCUUCUUACUCUUCUGAGAGUUUAAUGUUGCCCCAACCUAUAGAGAAACUGGCACAUCAGAAGAAUUCUGAGGCCUUUGAUUUGUCUCAGGACAUUUUUUCAGUGAACUUUGACCUUGGGUUUUAUUUGGACUCGGACGAGGAAGAAACUGCAGAACAAGGUCUUAGCAUGGCCACAAGACCAAUGGCUGACGGAGAAUUUCCCUCACUCCCCCUGAUCCAAACCAGUGAACCUACCAACUUUACUCUUGGAAUUGCUUCAACUCCCAAAGUGUGCUCAAUGGACAGAAAGGCAGUUUCAUCCCUUAUGGCCAAAACUAACCUGUCGCCCAUAGUAACCGAGAGCAAGAAUUUGGUGAAGUCAAAUGCUUCCACCCCAACUCCUGCAUUUGCCUCAUCAAAUUGCACAAGUCUAAAAAUUUUCCCCAAAGAGUGGAGUUCUCAAGCACAGCCCUGUGGAACAGACAACACAUCAUUCCGACAGUCUCUGCUUCAGACCGAGAAGACUCUUAAUCAAGAUCCUGCUUGUUCAGGAACACCAAGCAGUGACAGUGAGGACGAAGUAGUUAUAAGGAAACAAGGGCAUCAAGGAAAGGUCAAUCCUCUGGCCUCUCCAGAGUCAGAGGAGAGUGAAGCAGAGUCAGUUUAUGACUUUAAGCAGACCUCCGUUACUCAGCACAAAGUGUCCCGGCCAUGUAAACGUUCACAUACUACGAUGAAAUCUAAGAAGGCGAUGCACAGAGAGGGGAAACAGUUCCUGGAUGAAGAGGCAGAGCUCUCUGAAGAAGGAGGCUCUGCCUCGUCAGAUGAAUAUGAUGGUGAAGAACUGGACCAGUCUUUACAAGGCUUUGUAGUAGACACCACCCAAUUCUCCCAAGGCCUUAAUGAUUCUGAGAUGCAUGGAUUUUAUCUGAAGUCUGUGAAGAGCCCUGCGAUUGGAAACAAAUUUAGAAUGGUGUAUAAGUCUAGAUGCAGCAAAGACAUCUUCUCACAGGUCCCUGAGCAAGAUGAGACAUAUGCAGAGGACAGCUUUGUGGUCAGUGGCAGCGAACUUGAAGAGGUUGGUAGUGCUGCUGAUGAGGAAGAAGAGGAGGCUGAAGUAGAGAUCAUGCCUGAAGACUCCUACGUAGAUGGGAGGAGACUGUAUGCCACACGGCACAGAAUUCGACUUAGACAGACUCGGACUACAGGAGAGAUGGCAGACCUCCAGACUAAGGUACCCUGGAAAACCAAACGCUCCAGGAUUGUCCAAAUGGAGGAUUCCAGUGACAGUGAGGAGGAGGGAGAAGGAAAAAAGAGGAAGAUGCUACUUGCUGAAGAGACAUGUAUUUCAGAGAGACCGGAUGAGAAAAGUUUUAAAGCUCUGCAACUGCAUUCUUUGCCUGGUUUUGAACAUUCUCAAAAUGUAGAGAGGAGCACAAAGCAGGUUAUGCAGCAGCAAGAGGAGAUGACUAGACAAAAGUUCAGGAACCAGGCACUGCUGUCUGAAAAGCUGGAUUUUAAGGAGUCUCUCUCCACUUCUUUAGUUACAGCUCAGGCAGCUGGAGCCUCUUUCUCUGUGGCUGAUGGUCCUGUAGAUUUUGGUGUCUCAAUCAUCCAAGCCCCUGCUUCUCCUCCUUGUGUAAGCAUACUAGUCGACAGCCAUUGCAUCAGCAGUGGUGCAGAGAUUGUGUCCUCCCUCCGCUUAAAGCAUGGGGCAGCAGUGCAGGUCUGCUCUUUAGUCAACUGUGAUUUCAUUGUGAGCAACCGCAUGGCAGUGGAGUGGCAGAGCGAGUCUGACAUAGCCAACCCUCAAAGUCGAAAACGGCUACAGGACAGGAUACAGAGCCUUCAGGCUUUGUUUGACCGGGUGUGCUUCAUUGUGGAGAAAGACCGUACUAAACCUGGAGAGCCACUGCGAUCCUUCCAGCGCAGCCGUUACUACGACAGCACUGUAGCUGCACUGGUGAGAGCAGGAAUACGACUGUUGGUCAGCCAGGGUCCAGAGGACACUGCUGCACUCUUGGCAGAAUUGGCCCAGGUGGAACUGAGAAAUGGGCAGGCCAUCUGCGUGCCCUUGGAGGUCAAAGGUCCUCGACUACAGGCAUUACAGUUUUACCUCACAUUGCCCUGUGUCACCUACAUUAAUGCCCUGUACAUGUGUCAUCGCUUCAGUUCUGUCAGUCAUCUGGUCAGCAGUUCAGUGGAUGCACUGCAGGCAGGUGCGUACAUAAGCCGCUCUAGAGCUGAGGAGAUUUACCGCUGUCUGCACUACUCAUGUGACACCACACUAAUAAAAGACGUCACUUCAAAGAACAGCCUCUAAGCAUCUGAUGGUUCAAGAAGCUACAUAAUGUAGACUACAUAUUAGUUUUUCAUUGCACCUUGUUUUGAACUAUUGUGGACACAGGGAAUGUUUGCCCUUCAGUCAGCUACUUUAGGAUCUUUCUGUUUUAGGAGGUACUGUGUGAACGUGAGCUUACUAAGGAACAAUUUGUUAGAUCUGUAAAUAACAAUACAGAGUUUUAUGAGAAUAUGUGGAGGUAACUGAGCAAUAAAAGCAGAUUUUCUAACCAUGUUUUAUUA